UUAUGUACUAUGUAGCCUAUAUGUAGGUGCCGUAGUAGCCGUACUCCGUGGUGCGUACGUGCAGUUUGUGUUCGUGGUUCGUCCGUGGUUUGUUCGCGAAACACGAUAUUCAUGCGUUUUUCACCCUAAUGGGUCUGUGUGUCACCGUGUGUACGAACUACGAGUUUGCACUUCACCCGUGAGUGUGUGUAAGAAAUUUGGUAAUGAGUGAAUCGAUGGUUUUUUAGUUUUUAUUUUCCGUUUCCGGGUGGUAAUCAUUAAUCAACCAUAGUGAAAUCAGAAUACUUUGUCCGUCGCCAAAUUUUACGAUGUGUGAGUAAUAUUGCGUUUAGUAUCUUCGAUCAGAUUUACACCUGCGUGUCCGUUAUUGCGACGCUAAUGCAAAACCACGACCAACAAUUGUGAAUCGAAGAAAAUUAUCACUAGUGUCACGAAGCGAUCGAUUUAAAAUAAAAUAAAUUAAGUCUGAUUGUUCACACUAACAUGUAAAAAUAUGUCUUAGUAAUGGGUCGAAAUCGAAACAGAAGAGCCAACCACAGUGUUCAGAGUACCAAUGUACCAAUGUCCCAGCGUAGUGACUAUGUUGAUCUAUGUCGCAACAUUAUACGCGACAUGGAUCUGUAUGGAGUGUGUGUGCUAGAUAAUUUUCUGGGUUAUCAACGAGGUAUGACUGUACUAGAUGAAGUUUUGAACCUAUACAACAUGGGAGUGUUUAAGGAUGGUCAAUUGGUUCGAAAUAAAGCGAGUAAUAAUCUCAAAACAAUACGAGGUGAUCAGAUCAUUUGGGUUGAUGGUCGUGAGGAUUGUUGUAAACAAAUUGGACAGCUUAUAAGUGAUGUUGAUGCUGUAGUUAUGGGAUCAAACAAAAUGAAUGACAAUGGUAAACUUGGAAACUAUACCAUUAAUGGCAGAACCAAAGCUAUGGUCGCUUGUUAUCCAGGACAUGGAUCUCAUUAUGUCAAGCAUGUAGAUAAUCCAAACAAAGAUGGCCGAUGUAUUACUGCAAUAUAUUAUUUAAAUAAAGACUGGGAUAUAAAAGAAAAUGGUGGCUUGUUAAGAAUAUUUCCGGAAGGUUGGAGUGAUCAAGUGGCUGAUAUAGAACCAUUAUUUGAUCGUAUAUUAUUCUUUUGGUCUGACCGAAGAAAUCCUCAUGAAGUUCAACCAGCUUUUAAAACUAGGUACGCAAUUACUCUAUGGUAUUUCGAUGGCAAUGAGAAAGAAGAAGCUGGAAGAAGAUUUCAAGAUGCAAGCGACUUAAAUAGUAUGCAUGUUCCAUAGUCUUGAAAAUAUCAGUAAUAUCUCAUUAACUGGUAAAUUGGACUCUUGAAAUUCUGUACUGAUCUUAAAUAAGAAUUUAUGUUACUCAAGGUGAUCUGUAUACAGAUCAACACAGUAAAAGGGUUAAGGUUUUUAAUCUGUGAUUUAGUUUACUGACCCAAGUACAAUUGAUUCCUUAUUAUAAUUCAAAUAAUUAAUUUUGGAUUUUAAAUAAAUGGCUCAAACCAUUUUACCUGUAGGUAGAAAUUAAGUAAAAAAAAAUUUGUAUAUUUAUAAAUAAAAUAUGAUAUAAAAUAA